AUGAUGAAUGAUAUUAUGGGAAUCAUGUUGAAUGCAUUGUCUAGAUUAUGUUCAGCAUGGAUUAGAGAAUUGAUUGUUCGUACACCAGCAGCAGAGGAUGAAACUGUUCAAAUGAAUAGUGAUAAUAAAGAUUGCUUGUUGGCCACAAAUUAUCCAAAUGCUCGAUUGCGUGGUUUAAUACAUAUACUAGCUAGUAUUAUAUUUUCCAAUUUGGUGGAUAGUAAUGAUAAUACAGAGAGCAAUAAUAGUAGUACACUUGAUGUAUGUUUAAAACAACCUAUUGAUCAACAAUCAAUAUCCUUUGAUCAUGAAACCAGUCGGUCAUUUGAACCAAAAAUAUCAAUCACACACAGUGAUGCUGAUCAACUAGUGGAAUGUUUUUGUAAUAUUUUAGUGAUUACACAUUAUGCUACAUGUAAAUUUGAAAAAUUCUAUAAUAUAUCCAAUUCUAUGGAAGAGAAUGAAUUACCAUUUCGAAGCGAUUCAAUAAAAACUAAAGAAUAUACUGUGUAUCCAUCAAAAUUAGCCAAAAAAAUGGUCAUCCUCUCUCAAACAUCACCUUUCUCAUUAAUUCAAGCAAUUGGUUUCAAACAAGAUGUGAUACGUUGUUUAGUUGGUUUAAUAACACAAUUCCCUGAAUUAUCUCUUACAUUAGCUUCACAUAAAUUUGAAGCAAAUCGAUAUAAUACAAGCAACGACGAUGCCGCUGAUGAGAAAUCAAUUCAUUCACCAACAACAACUACACCAUACUUGACUGCAUUCGAAGUAAUAUUAGACGCCACAAACAGAGAUCCAUUCAAUUCAUUUUGUGUUGAAUGGGCUAUUCUAUUAAUUCGUCUGAUUAUGAUGAAAUCCAAUUCAGCGGCGCAUCAUUCACACCAAGUGAUAUCAAUGCUUUCAUCUCAAUUGAAUGGAUUACAUAUUUUAAAAUGAUCGAUUUAAACAAUGAUUAUUGUAAAAUGUAAUGUAAUGUAAAAUUGUACAGUAUUUAUGUAUAUCAUUAUGAAAUAAAUGAAAUUGAAUAAUUGAAAAAUA